GCCGCGAGGGCGCGCUGCGCGCGGCGCCGGGCUCUGGCCGCGUCCCGGCGAGCGAAGGAGAGGAGCAAGGGCGCGGAGGUGAGCGGAGCCCGGCGGGCGCGAGCCGAGGGGCGCGAGCGCAGGCACCCGCUCCUUUCUCUUCUGCCUCGGCGGCGGCGAGUCCUUUCACCGUGUUUGCAACCUUGCCUCCCGCCCGGUUCACUGGGGCUGCCCGGAGGCCGCGGCCGGGCAGCUGUUGCGCCGAGAGGGGGCAGCUGCGGAGUUCUAUAACCAUAGCAACCGCAUCAGCACCACGGCAGCGGCGGCGGCGAGGGCAGCAUCCUCUCGCUCCUCCUCCAGGCAGCCUUGCUGCGGGGACCCGAGACCCAGCUCGCAGGUGCUCGGACUCGGCGGGCCGCUUACUGCCGCCGCAAGUGUUGGCGGCCGGAGAACGCGAAAACUGCAGAGCGAGAGCCCCAGGAGCGGUGACCCAGGAGGCGAGAGAGGGGAGCCCUGCAGUGGGAGACAGGUAAUGAACCAAAAAGAUCAUGUCUGAAGUACAAGGAACGGUUGAGUUUUCUGUAGAGCUACAUAAAUUUUAUAAUGUGGAUCUCUUUCAGAGGGGGUAUUAUCAGAUCCGAGUGACCUUGAAGGUGUCCUCAAGGAUCCCCCACAGACUGAGCGCCUCCAUCGUUGGGCAGACAGACGGCGGCAGCCUGCACUCAGCCUGCGUCCACGAGAGCACCGUGCACAGCCGGGUCUUUCAGAUCCUAUACAGGAACGAGGAGGUGCCCGUAAAUGAUGCCGUGGUCUUCCGCGCUCACUUGCUCCUAGACGGUGAGAGGGUGGAAGAGGCGCUAAGUGAAGUUGAUUUCCAGCUCAAGGUGGACUUGCACUUCACGGACAGCGAGCAGCAGCUGAGGGACGUGGCCGGGGUGCCCGUGAUCAGCAGCCGUGCGCUCCGGCUGCACUUCCACCCCCGGAGGGGUCUGCACCACCAGGUCCCCGUCAUGUUCGACUAUUUCCACCUGUCUGUGAUCUCGGUGACUGUCCACGCUGCCCUGGUGGCUCUGCAGCAGCCCCUGAUCAGCUUUACUCGUCCAGGAAGAGGCUCCUGGCUGGGUAGAGGCGGCCCAGACACGGGACCAGAACAGUCUAGCCUUUCCCUGGAAAACCUGGUCUUUGGAGCCGGAUACUGCAAGCCGACUUCCUCAGAGGGGAGCUUCUACGUGCCCUCGGAGCACUGCAUGCAGCACGCCUACAAGUGGCACCGGGAGCUGUGCUUCCUGCUCUUGCAUGCCUACCGGGGGCUCCGCGCCUACUUCCUGACCAUCAUGAGGGACGUCCCGGAGCUGCCACACAUGGAGCUGGAGUCACUUGCUGUUGAAGAAACCCUCUCCCAGCUGUGCUCAGAGCUGCAGAUGCUGAAUAAUCCAGAGAAGAUAGCUGAGCAGAUAAGUAAGGAUCUCGCCUGGCUGGCCUCCCACCUGAUGGCUCUGUGGACCCAGUUCCUAGACACAGUGACGCUACACUCCCAAGUGACCACUUACCUCACCCAGGAGCAUCACACCUUGAGGGUCCGAAGGUUUUCCGAGGCCUUCUUUUAUAUGGAGCACCAAAAACUUGCAGUCCUGACCUUUCAGGAAAACCUAAUACAGACCCACAGCCAGAUGUCUCUGGACAUCCGGAACUCGGAGUACCUCACCACCAUGCCCCCGCUGCCCGCAGAGUGCCUGGACAUUGACGGUGACUGGAACACCCUGCCUGUCAUCUUCGAGGACAGAUACGUGGACUGCCCUGUGACAGGGCAUAAUUUGAGUGUUUACCCUAAUUUUGAUGCUCCGGCAACAAGUCCUGCAAUAAUGAAUGUAAAAGACAGAGAGGAGAGCCAUGUGGUAAACCGAACAUCCCCUCUGACGGAAGACCUUGUCUUGCCCACCAUGAAACCACCCCAGAUGGACUCUGACGAAGAGGUUAUUCGGUGUCCAGAGCCAGAUGAGAAUGCCGCCACCCCGAAAUGCCUGGGUACGCGCUCUGAGUCUCAGGUGUACCUGACAGUCGGUGAAUUCCACAGCAAGGCAGAUCUGCCCGAAGACGAAAGUUGGAGUGGCCGAAGGCCUGACGUUGGGGCGCGCCCCCUGGCAGACGAGGACCUGCCCAGGAGGAGUCCCAGCCCAGAGGAUGGCCAGGCCCCAGCACUGACCUACAUCGACGUGACGUCCAGCAAUAAGGAGCCCCGCGGAGCCGAGCCCAUGGUGGUCCUCAGUGCUCAGCACGAGAGUGGGGCCUCUCAGGAAAACUGUGAACUGGGCAGAACUGAGUUAAGCAAAGGGGUAGCCGGCGGAAGUCCUCAAAAUGCCAUCUCUUUGGAGAAGACCACACUCCAUGAGUUAAGUGCUCUGGGGAAGGGAGCAGACCAAGGGGGCGGGGUGGCGCUGCUAAGUCUGAGGCUCAUCCCCUCGGAGCCCUGUGACCCACUGAGCGCUUCUUUGAGGGAUCCCUUGGACUUCAGGGCUUCCCCGAAGGACCCUCGCACGGAGGAGGAAGUGUCAGUGCUAUCUGGGGUCAUCAAGAGAUCCUCUUCCCUCAUCUCUGAUUCAGGCAUUGAGAGUGAGCCGAGCUCCGUCGCCUGGUCCGAGGCGCGAAGCAGAGCCCUGGAGUUACCCAGUGACCGGGACGUCUUGCACCAGCUAGUUCGAAGACAUGCCCUCCACAGGAACUCCCUGGAGGGUGGACACACCGAGAGCAACACGAGUUUGCCAAGCGGGAUCCAGGCUUCUCUCACCUCCAUCAGCUCUCUGCCUUUUGAGGAGGAGGAGCGGGAACUGGCGCUCACCAAACUGACCAAGUCGGUGUCUGCGCCCCAGAUCAGUAGCCCAGAGGGGACCAAUGACGAUGCGGACUCGGUGCAGCAAAGCGGAGGUCUUGCUGAACCUUCAGCUGCGCACACUGAGGGCAUGGAUGCCCCAGGACACUGCCUUCAACUCAGUGGUGGCUCCAGAAUUCAGGACGCUGGGGUUGACCACUCCCUUGUGGAGGUAGUUACAGAUGCUGACAGCCAGCAGGGCCCUGGUUACAUAGAUAUCCCCAAAGGUAAAGAGAGUCGGUUUGAUCCUCAAGGACCCUGUUGUCUUGAUGGCAGGACUGAUAACCCUCCAGGUGUUGAAACCAAAGGUCUUAGUUUAAAAAUACCACGCAUCAUAGCACUUGAAAACCCUAGAAACAGACCUUUUCCUAGAGCACCCACGGAGACCCCAAAGGGCAUGCCUGAAGACACUAAUGUGGGAGGAAGAGCUCUUUCUAACAGAAGCAUCUUGGAUGCUGAGAAUCUCACUCACCAUAAGGUGCCUGAAGUGAGCUGUCCAUCGGCUGCCAACACCGUGGACCUGGAUUCAACAGGUGAGCAGAGCAGCUCACCUUGCGUCAUUGAUGGCCCAGCGCUGAGCAGAGGGGCUGACACCUUCCUGGAGGAUGGACCUGAAGAAGGCACCGUGUGCUCCACUGUGACUCACUCCACGCACUCCCAAGUUUUGGGAACCCAAGAGCCAAGGGCAGGCACCUCCAUCAUGGUGUCCCACCUGAGCCCUGCAGAGACCUUCUCUCUGGACAGCCUGAAAGCUGUCGAGGUUGUCAACUUAUCUGUGUCUUGCACUGCCACGUGCCUCCCUUUCUCAUCUGUGCCCAAGGAGACCCCUGCCAGGGCUGGAUUCUCAUCCAAACAGACCCUGUUUCCCAUCACUCAUCAACCUUUGGGCUCCUUUGGAGUUGUUCCUACUCAUUCUGGCAAGCUGGAGGAAGAAGUCAGUGAGAGGAUGUUCAGUUUUUAUCAGGCCAAAGAAAAAUUUAAAAAAGAGCUGAAGAUUGAUGGAUUUCUGUACAGUGACUUAUCUGUACUAGCUUCUGAUAUGCCGUAUUUCCCACCAGAGGAAGAGGAAGAAAACUUGGAAGAUGGGAUUCACCUGGUAGUCUGUGUCCAUGGCCUGGAUGGGAACAGUGCAGACCUCCGGCUGGUAAAGACUUUCAUAGAACUGGGGCUCCCGGGAGGAAAACUGGACUUCCUCAUGUCUGAAAAGAAUCAGACGGACACAUUUGCGGAUUUUGACACCAUGACGGAUCGGUUACUGGAUGAAAUCAUUCAGCACAUUCAGCUGUACAACCUCUCCAUAUCGCGAAUUAGCUUCAUUGGCCAUUCUCUUGGCAACAUCAUCAUCCGAUCGGUCCUCACGCGGCCCCGGUUCCGGUAUUACCUCAACAAACUCCACACCUUCCUGUCGCUGUCCGGGCCUCACCUGGGGACCCUGUACAACAACAGUACCCUGGUCAGUACAGGCUUGUGGCUCAUGCAGAAAUUGAAGAAAUCCGGGUCCCUUUUGCAGCUGACCUUCAGGGAUAACACAGAUCUGCGCAAAUGCUUCCUCUACCAACUAAGCCAAAAAACAGGUCUGCAGUAUUUUAAAAACGUCGUGCUGGUUGCUUCUCCCCAAGACCGCUACGUGCCAUUUCACUCAGCCAGGAUCGAAAUGUGUAAAACUGCCCUCAAAGACAGACACACAGGACCCGUUUAUGCGGAAAUGAUCAACAACCUUCUCCGCCCGCUGGUGGAAGCCAAGGGCUGCACUUUAGUCCGACACAACGUGUUCCAUGCCUUGCCCAACACUGCCAACACCCUGAUUGGCCGAGCCGCUCACAUCGCUGUGCUGGACUCUGAACUCUUCCUCGAGAAAUUCUUCUUGGUGGCGGGACUCAAUUACUUCAAGUAGUGGCUUUGGGGGGGGCUCUGCUGGAAACAUUUAAGACCCGUGAGAGCUCUGGCUGAGACAUCCUUUUACAGACCUCCGUCAUUCCAGGGUGGCGCUCAGAGAGGGAAGCACUGAGGGCUGGAGGGUGGGGAUAGGACCGGACAGCCGAGGUGCUUUCAUUUGGGAGACUGGGGAAAGCUGAACCCACAGUGUAACAGACAACAGACUUUGCCCGAACCUGGCUAGCCACCUGGAGUCUCAUUCAAGAAGCUUUCUAGGAAAAUUUUGGGAAAAAUAAAGAAACAGAAUACUUGGAGUUGGUGAGCCCACCUUCCUUGCCACCACUGGCUCACAGGGAGGUCACUCCCAUUUAACUAGAUUUGUCCAGUCUAUUACCAGUCCAUAGCUUUAUCAUGUUUGAUGCACACAAGCAUUUCAGAACUCAGGUUAACCUCUGUGCAGAAGUGGAACAUAUUUGUGUAAAUAUAAUCCUCAUAGAUUCAAAUGUGCCACUGGUUCAAGGCAGUGUGUUGCCCACUCUCUCAUUUUCUCCUCAUGUUUUCUCAACGAGGGACAAAGCGAGGCUUUAGAAACUCCAACUUGAUUUCAUAACAGCAGUGGGCGGGGUAAUUUAAGGUAUUGGGGGAGAUAUAGGCAAUGCUACCGGUAAAUGCAAGUUUGUUACAAAGAACAGUAACUGGAGGGGAACAUGGUAAACUAGCUGCUCCACCUUCUUCUCCAGACUCUUUCUAUGCAUAGCCCUGGUCCACAGGUUAUUUUUGUGAUUGCUUGAAUCUUUGUCUGCAAUAGAGAAGAUUGACUGAGCUAAAACUAGCAGAAGGAGGCACUGAGAUUAAUGCACACAUGUGUGAAGCUCCUGCUGAUAAACUUCCAAAGACAUGCUAUGUUAGCAUUUGACGCACUUGCAAAAAACUAAGACCAUUAUUACCAUGGCCAGCUCUCCUCUCCGUGCAAGGGGAAAGACAUCUCGUUGGAGGAGUGCUGGGUUUCAAACCUCAGGGGAGCUCUCAGAAGGGUGCUGGUUAUCUUGCACUGGAAAUGUCUUCUUGCCUUAGGAAAAUAAAAGGGCUAGGAAAGGUCACCAUUGAUUAAAAACCAAUAGACAAUGGGGACAAACGUGAGAGCAGAGAGUAGAAGCAGUCAGAUCAAGGACUCAGCCCCAGUUGUUAUUGGUCGGUGACUUAAGGGGAAGUUUGGAGUUAGCAGGAUGUUUAAUACGGUCCCAAAGGCUGAGUGCAUUUUGUGGGCUAAAGGAAGCCUGCAGAAGUAUCAUUAGUCGUACUGCAGGGACACAUGAGCGAGGACCGUAGGGAUAGCUGACCUGGGAGACCCGUCGUCUGGAGGCAAAAGCUCCUGCUGCAAAAUUCCCUCCUGAAAGUGUGGAAACUCGUCUGGGACCAGGUUCCUGGGCCGUAAGCUUGGUGAUGGUCAUGAGUGCCGUGGUGAGAAGCCAAGUGAUUCUUGACUCAUCUGAGAAUUUUAGUUUCUCGUAUGUUAAACAAUGUGACUUUGGAAAGCAAAGUAGACCAUGGGAAACAAGUCCAGGCAGACGACUUUGCAGGAGAGCAGACUUAGGAAUUUCUUAAGAAAGGAAAAGGUGGGGAGGGAGCUGACAGACAGACUUCCACGCAGGAGACUGUGGGUUUCUGUGUGUCUUCUUAGAACUCUCAGUGAAUCCUAGUCUUGACAUGUGUAGAGUCCGUAAGUCCCCUGGUCACUCUGCCACUGGGCAUUUUUCCAGUUCCUGGUGGGCAUAGCCUGGUUACCUGUGACCCAGGAAGACUUUGAGUCCUGUAGAGCAGCCCAUGAUGUUGUGUUUCCCGGCCCAGACAAGUGCCCACGGACCGUAUGUUUGUAGCAACUUCUGCUUUUUGGCCAGAUGAGGAGCUCUGCCCCUCUGGUGAGCAUUUCAUCUUUGUGUUUCCAGUGCCCAUCAGCAAAGUUUGUCAUUCCCUGGUCAUUUGAAAGACCAUGCAGCCAGCGGUUAUGGAGCCAGGGUGAAUCAAUGACCAUCGUCUUCUCCAAUAACCAGAUGCCAUUUUUAACGUCAAUAUGCUGUCUGGACAUAGAACUAAUGGCAAUAAACGUCCAGUCGCAUGGUGCACCUCUUUUUUACAGGGGUGCUCUGCUGUCUUUGUAAACCCUCUCUGGCCUCUGAGCAUCUAUUAUAAUUGUGUAGAAAGUACAUCUCUAUAUUAUAAAUAAGAGUGUCCAGUGUUGCGUGUCAUGCCUCAUUUGAAAAGGCUUUUUUAUGUCUCUUUCUAUCGAAGUAUAGAUAUAUAAUAUAUAGAUACACAGAAAAAAUAUAUAUGUAAUGUAAAACAGGGACAUUGUCUAAUUGAUUAUAAAAUUAUAAACAAAAUGCCUGCCAAGAAAA